CUCUUAUUCAUUCGAUAAGUAACCAUUGCCAAGAUCAGUGAUCAGUCUCAAAUCGGAUUAUCUUCCGUCACACAUCACAAGCCAAUUUAUAAUAAUUUACUAUAAUCUAAAAGGAAGAUUGUGCGUUUAAAAAUAAAUAAAAUACAUACAUACAUUCCAAAACCGUGAAUAAAUGUGUAGCAGGGGUCAUUAAAAUUCGAUCUCGUCACACACUUAAUUUCCAGCUUAGGGGUUUUUAUUUAAUAAUCUCUAAGACUUACCUACCAUUGAAUCUUGAUCAGAGUUUUUUUUUUGUUUACAUUUAUCGUCGGCCAAUCAUUUGCCAUAAUGUUGGUAAAAAUUUACUUUUUAACGACAGUGAUAUGCUGCUGCACGGUCCUCGCACAAGAUCUCCCCCCGAACAUUGCCCUAGUGAUUGCGGAUAUUUUUAAUCCUAACGCAACAACAACACCAACACCAACACCAAGACCUGUUGCAACACGUCGUCCAGGUAUUGGUGACAUUGUGACUUCUGAACCUAUCGCUCCAACAUUGGAGUCGCAAAUACUCAAGACAGACGAUGGAGUCAAGUGCACAUGUGUACCAUACUAUCUCUGUAAGGGCGAUAACACUUUGCGCGAUGACGGAGAAAUUGAUGGUUUCGGCAAAAUCGACAUUCGCUUCGAUCCCUACAGUUGUCAUUACUUAGAAAUUUGUUGUAUUGACAAUCGCACAGUAUCAGAACCGAUUAACCCAGUACCAGUUGAAAAGCGACCAAAUCAACCAACCGGAUGUGGCAUUCGUAAUCCAAAUGUUGAUUUUCAGAUAACCGGAAAUAAUGAUUAUGAAGCCAAUUUCGGAGAGCUGCCAUGGACCGUUGCACUAUUGAAGACCGACACUGAAGAGUACUUCUGUGCCGGCUCCUUAAUACACCCACAAAUCGUUCUGACCGCUGCACAUUGUGUUCGAAAAUACAGACCAAAUCAAUUCAAAGUGCGAGCAGGUGAAUGGGACUCUCAAACGACUAGAGAACGACUUCCAUUCCAGGAGUUAAAUGCCCAGGAAAUAAUAAUACAUCCAAGUUUCAAUAUAACAUCUGUAGCAAAUGACUUUGCUUUGGUUGUUGUGUCCCAACCUUUUGUUUUGGCAGAUCAUAUUAAUGUUGUUUGUCUUCCCGCCCCCAAUAUGUUUCCUGCAUCGGGGGAAACUUGUCUGUCCAGUGGCUGGGGACGUGAUAAAUUUGGUAGCACUGGAAAGUACAGCGUGAUAAUGAAAAAAGUUCCACUGCCAGUAGUAGAUUUCGAGCAAUGUCAGUCAGCGUUCCGUUCAGCGCGUUUAGGAAAAUACUUUAUUUUGGAUCCGUCUUUCAUUUGUGCUGGAGGCCAACAAGGUGUGGACACAUGCACGGGUGACGGAGGUGGACCAUUGGUAUGUUCUGCUGAUGCUUCUGAGAAUAGAUAUUAUCAGAGUGGUAUAGUUGCAUGGGGUUUAGGGUGCAACGAUCCAAUUCCUGGCGCAUAUGCCAGUGUUGCAUUGGGACGAAACUGGAUUGACGAGGAAAUGAACAGGUUAGGAUUUGGAGUAGUUUCGUAUAGCUACUAAGUGUAAAUAUGAAUGUAAUUAUGUAUGUGUGUUGAUAGAAAGAAAUUAAAGUGAAACUGAUUUUAAUUAUUUAAUAA